AGAAGAGGAAAGAAGAGAAGGAGGCGGGAUCCGUCUGGGCAGAGAGGAAGGAGACGAGAGGAGGAAGUGGGAGUAGACUAUAUACAAUGGAGGAAGGACAAAGACCUACAUCUGAGAUCUACCUCCCAAGCAUCAGUCUUGGAUCUGCUGAUGCUGAGACAGUGGAGAACCACGAGCUGCCAAUCAUUUCUUUAUCCAAAAGUUCGACAGAAAUGAUGAGCGGACCUCCUCAACGAACGGAGCUGGCAUGGUAUCGUCAGAAUUUGCGUAAGAGCGUCAGCAGUGCAGCAUGUACUCAAAGGCCUAUCAGUCUGGGUGGACCAGCAACAGGAGUCCCUGUGAACAUUUGUGACCAUGAACAGGGGAGCAUAUGCAGCGGCAACAGCACCCCUGAAACUGUAAUCUGGCAUGGAGCACCUGUAAGAUCCUGGAGUGUCAUGGAUGACUCUCCUAGAACUCCAACGCAAGAUCCACUACUGGGGCAAAAUCAGGUCCAUAGUGGAGUGAAGUGUGUGCCACACUCACCAUCCACAAAUAGGGAUUUAAGAAUUAAGAGUCUGAUGUGUAGAGAAGGAUGUUGUCCAUGUUGCGGACCUGCAGAGAACCUGACAGGGUGUAGCUGUUGCAGAGUGCCUUGUAGAAUGAGUUCUUCUGGUCUGAGCAACAACUUUACACCACAAGGAGCAAAUACAGAAGACCAUGCUCAGAGCAACUGUGAAAGCCAUCAUUUAACUGCCUGCCACAGAUCUACCUGCUCUGGCCACAUGAUGAACACCACCUGUUUGAGAAAUACUUGCGGUGUUGUUCCUUGCUCUGGACAUUUGAUAUCACGGCCACCUUGUGCAGGAAGCCCUUGUGCAGGACAAAGAUCCCUGCUCCAUUCAGGCUUACUCGGUUUUCCACCACUUGUGUCCUCAGUCAGCGAGACCAGACUUGACAGUCGCAGUACAGGCCAUUGCUGUGGAUCUGAGUUUAGGGGGCAGAAUUCGUCCUGCCUUCGACUAGACAGAAACGGCCAGACUGGUUUUAACAGGACAGUCAAAGAUGCCACUACCAUGACAUCUGACCACGAGCUCAGAGAUGUUGGUGUGCAAACAGUGUCUGAUUCCCUUGCUUCCCCUCUUUCUCAUGUGUUUCCUGAAAUUAGUUUAAGAGCAAAUCCUAUUUUAAACACACCUUCGGAGCGCAUGUGUCAUAGGACCCCUGUGAAGGAGGUGGAGUGGGAUGCUGAGGGUAUGACAUGGGAGGUGUAUGGUGCAGCUGUGGACCCUGAAGAGCUUGGCCUAGCAAUUCAAAGGCAUCUGGAACUUCAGAUCAAAGAGACUGCAGCUGCUGCUGCUGCAGCUGCUCAAACGCAAGACUCCACGGACAAUGUCAGCAGCCUGGCACUGCAACCCAGGCAAAGGAAGAAGAGCGAAGGCAUUAUAAGAACACUGCGCAGUUCAGCAUGUUGCUCUAACCCAAGUACUGUGGGAGACUGAAGUGAUCAAGGCCGGAGCUUGCCUUUUCAGUAUCUGGAUGCCUAGGUUAGGUAGAGAAAGGUACAUGGAUUGAGAAUGGCCCAUGGCAUAUAUGUUUAUUUAGCUAAAGCAUGUUGUCUUUAAAUUAAAUCUAUAAAUCUAAGCCUUGCUUAGUUGAAGCUAUUACAGCUCUGCUGUUGGUUAGCUAUGGCAGUGAUGUUCAGAGAUACAUAGCAAGCUAGCGUUGCAUAGAGCUACCAUUCAAAGUUUACAUAUAAUGGGGUGUUUCUACCUUACUUCACAUAUGGCCUUGUCCCUGUCUUGACCUCCAACAUAUCUUUCAGAUACCCCUUUUGGCCCAAAAUCUUAAAAUAAAGAUUUUGAUGAGCACUGAGUAUUUUCACUUUUUUUAAAAUGCUAUUUAUAGGUUAAAAAUAUCUGGCUGUACUUGUUGGAUUUUGUCAAGCCAACAACAGAAUGUUGAACAUUAGCUAUUGGGUACAUUAAAUUUAGCAAAACCUACUGCUUCUAGUUAGUCUAUGUGCUAAACUUCAAAUCAUGACUGAUUUAGAUUUCUUUGUUUUCUGGUCUCACAGAUUCAUGGUUUUAAACCUUUUGUAGUCAAUAAAAAUCAACCAGUACUAAAAGGCAGAAAUCAGCUGUUUUUGAAGUUCACUGAUUCCUUGGCUAUAGAAAUAUAAUUUACAAACAACUGUCAACUUACAAGAAUCUGUGUUGUUACUGAAUUCACUGAUCUCAAUGCAAAUGGUGAUUUGCCCAGUGGAUUAGAGUGGGCUCAAGGCCAAAAUCAAUCCACAGAGCUAAAAAUAUGAAUGCUCAUGAGGUUUGUGGGUGUGUAAAGCUAGGUUCUUAUCAAGCCUACUGAUGAUUAGCAAAUAUAGACUCAAGGUCAAUGUCCCUGCACUUAUAUAGUACAUUAUGAGCUAAAACUAAGCCCUAGUCCUGGGUCUGUGCUCAGGGAUGAUCUGAGUCAAUUCGAAAACUAAAAUAUGUACAUUUUGAUUUUGUUGCCAAAAUCUGAUGCGAAAAAACAUAAUCUUUCCACUAAUGUCAUGGUUUAAUAAUGAAGAAUAUUUUGUGGUUGCGUUCUAUUUAGAAAGUGUAAGGACAUAAGUAAUUAUGGCCAUUUUCACAUCAUUUUACAUAUACAUAAAUAUUUUUUAUAUACUAUUGUUAAUGUUUAUAGUUUGCUCAUUAUAAUGUUAAAAUAUUGAAGUUAAAAUGGUUCAUAUCACAUUUAGUGUAAUAGUUUGGCUGUUUUUAUGUAUAUCAUGAUCACAUGCUAUAUCAUAACUAUAUCCUAUACAGAAGCAGUCAUGAUUUUGUGAAAGUUAGGGAUUGUAUUUAUAACAAUCUCUGUCAAUAAUGUUUUGAUUAUAUUUUGAUAGCAUGUCACCUAUUGUUGGUAAGUGAAUGUGUAUCCAGAAUCUCUGACCAAAUCGACAAUAUGUGCUGCACAAACUGCUUUUGUUUUUCUUUGCCAAAGCAAUCUGAUUACUUUUUUUGGACCAGAGCAUUGUGAUUUAACAUAAUAUAGAUACUACUGCAUCAACACCUUACAGUAUGAUGAAAACAAGCUUUAUAUAGGCUUUAUACAGCAAAAACUACACUAACAUGUUUUAAUAUUGAGAAUACUGAAUGUCUUGAAAAAUGUAUGAGCAACAAUAAAACGUUUGGUAAACAAUGUUCUGUGUCUGUUACUUUAGAACAGUAGAUUUGCGGUAAGACAAGGGGCUCACUGGCAAAGGCAUUUUCCUUUGUUUGCGAAGGACAUAGACAAAGAGAGGAGCAUGAGAACAUGUCAGAAGGUCCUGCUAAACUUGGUGAACUGUGUUCCAGUAGAUUGCCCUGGACAUUUCCAUGGCUCUUUCAUUGUAACUUUGACCAAUUAGAUGAGCAGGCACAUUCCCUGGUAUUGACUGCCCCUGAGCAGGUGCUCCUUUCUGUUUUGUUUUUCCUUGCUUUGCCCUAUUUCAGAGUUUAGAGUAAAUACAACAGGUGAGCAGGGACACAUUGUAAACAACUGUAAUACAAAUCCAUUCAGUCUGAAUACAGUCACAUGCAAAUAGUAAUUAACAUUUCAGAAUCUCCUGUCUUAAAAAAUCUGCUCCACCAGUAAGUUUUACAGGCCUGUUGUAUCAUUCAGGUUCAGGUCAUCAUUCAGCUUCUUAUGCCCUCUGCUGGUAACAUGAGAAACAUUCACACAGCGCUUAAAUCACCAUACUGUGCAAACCUUCGGGUACUUUCCUAUCUUGUAACUUGAGUAAAAAUAAUUGUAAAACCUAUUUUGAAAAUAAAAUGGUGUGUAAUGGUUUAAUGUUGAGUUGAAAAGUUACAAGCGUAUCUGCAAGCAAGGCUCUCAAUGCUAUGUUGCUCCAUGGGUACUGCUGCUGUAAUGAAUGUACUUUGUAUAAAUGAGUGCUUACUAUAAACAGGUUCUGCUAAUCUUUAAUUAAAUGAUUAUUUAAACGGCACAGACCAGUCAUGAUCUUGUUAAUUAUUUAUCAGGGUUUUCCAAGGUAUAACUUGGGGCCCUGCAAGGUUUCAGAAAGCAACAGAAGGUCACAUGAAAGUCAGCACCUCUCCUCAUCCAAACAGCAUGGCGUGACUGUAAGGAGGCUACUGGCAAUCUAUUCUGGGUGAGUUGUUUUGCACAGAGGCAGGGGACAGGCUGUGGCUGAAAGUGCUGAUGGGACUCCCAUGAUCCCAUGAGGCCAGCUUGUUUCCGAAAACCCUCGGCUACCCCACCAGAACAAUCCAGGAUUGGGAGGGGUAUUGUCAAAGUGCUUUGUCCCAAUGACAGUGCGUGGAGUGCACAAAGGGUGGACCCUGCACCAGGCAUAGUAUAAAUGGGUAAUCUCCAAUGCGCAACACAGUUUACUGUAGAUCAUGGCAGUAAGAAGCCCAUUUUUUCCACUGUUGCUAAUGCUGCUGGGUCUGGCACUGGACAGAGCCUCCACCCAUGCAUUCAACCCCAGUCGCCUUCAACAGCACAAAGUCCUCCACCUCGAUCCAAAUAUGGAUUUCCUUUUCUUCUUUCCUCUCCUGACUGGCCGAAGGACUGUGGCCUGGCUCAUUUCAAACCAAACACAGUGGAGCGUAUCGUGUCUGGCAAUGAAGCGAGACCCCACUCCUGGCCGUGGCAAGUCUCACUGCAGGUUCGUCCUAGAGGCAGUAAACAUUAUGUUCAUGUGUGUGGAGGGACUCUGAUCCAUAAGAACUGGGUUCUUACUGCUGCUCACUGCUUCCAGAAGGGAAAAGCUGAGGAUGCUAGUAGCUGGCGUAUCGUUUUGGGUAAGCAUCAGCUGAAAAGAUCAGAGUCCGCUGAGCGUAUUUUCCCAGUGAAGAGGAUCUACAGGCAUGAGCACUUUCGUUAUCCAGCCCACAGUGAGCUGGACUAUGACAUCGCAUUGGUUAAAGCUGGCACGGACAUCCAAACCACUAACUUCAUCCGCUAUGCCUGCCUGCCGCGCAAGCAGAUCAACCUCAAACCAGGGCACUACUGUUGGGUGACUGGCUGGGGCGACACACGAGGUGGCAAAGAAAAUGUGUCACUUGCUGAGGCUUUGAACCAAGCUCGGCUCCCAAUCAUUGACUUUAAGACCUGUCGGCAGAAGAAGUUCUGGGGUGACCGUGUGAGAGACUCCAUGAUUUGUGCUGGUUUCCGAGAUACAGAGGGGACCCCAGCUGCAUGCCAGGGUGACUCUGGUGGCCCUCUGCUGUGUCAGGUGGGGCGUGACCGCUGGGAGGUCCACGGCAUUGUGAGCUUCGGCCCUAUUGGAUGCACAGUGGAGAACAAGCCCAGUGUCUUCACUCGUACCGCAGCCUACAUCCCAUGGAUCGAGGCCACACGCAUCAGGGACUUCUUCUUGCACUAAGUUCCAACCUCAAAGAAUUCCUUGUCCACAUUUGUAGGCACAGGUCAUUAUAGCAAAAGAUUUAGCGCCGUGUCCCGGGUCUAGGUCUGGCCCAUGGACCAGCUCAUCCAUUUGUGGUCCGUGCGCUGGAAGCUGGCGUAAAGCAUCACAACCACCAGCCACCAAGUUUGGGUAGUUUGCACCAGUUUGUGGGUCAUUUCUCCGCUAUGCAUGUGAGAUGGGCUUCGCUGUAGAACAUGAACUACAAAGUUAACUGCUUUCAGCUAAACCACACUGAUCUCCACCUUGUGUACGACAAGCUAAGAAACAUCUGUAAAACAAGUCCUGGCUAUUCAACAUUACUCAUCAGUUCAGUUGGCCUUGUUUCUUUCUGUAGAAGACUGACACAUACAUUUGCCCUUUCACAGGCAUUCCAAUGUUCAGUUUAUAAGGUGCUUUGACGGUCAGUGUCAAGUAGUGAUACGAAAAUUCACCUGUUGUGGGAGACAGUCUCCCUUAAGAACAUUCUAACUGAAGUGAUUUUCACUGAAAAAUGCAGGUAAUUUUAAGCCGCUAUAAUUUUUCAUUAUUUUAUUUAGAGAGAGAGCUUUAAUUUUUUAUUAUUUAAUCAGUGCAUCUAUGGCUCAAAAGUAUUUAAACAAGGACAUUUUUGGUUAUUGGUGUAAUACUGCUCAAAUAAUAGGUAGUCAAAAAUAGCAGCCAAUAAUUAUUCUGGUUGAGAAAUAUCAGAUUUUUUUAAAUGCUUUCACUCUGGAAAAAUAUGACCACGUGUGUACAAGCACAUAGACAUUUCUUUGGAAUAUUAUAAUUAUCAUUCAUUUGUACCCAUUGACUGUUGAAAUGAAGGUUUACCUGCUUACAAAUAAACCAUACUGUAUAUAAAUAAAAACCUUCUGAAAAUGUCUUGAAAUCUGAACAAAAUAUAAAAUUCUAUAUAUA